AUGAGAAAGAUAGAAAGUGACUAGAUUUCUCUUAGUUUUAAACAUUUAGAAUUAUUAAAAUUUAUAAUAGGUAAAUGGAAUAUUGGUCUGAAAUAACAAAUGAGACCUUGGAAAAUGCAAGAAAGUAUAAGAAAUAGGAGUAGGAAAGAUAACAUAUGUGCAUAAAUGAAAGUUUGAUAGAUUCAGAAGCUUAAUAACAAUAUGAAAAAUGUUCUGAAUCACUUUUUCGUAAUUGGUAAGUGUUUAUGCUGAAAUUGGAAUGGGAAAGACAUAAAUUUUAAGAUUGUUUAACAAUAGUAAAAGAAACAAAUAUAAAAGCUGAUUCAGAAAUAAAGAAAAUUUGUUGUAGAAGCAUCAAGUAAAAUAUACAGAGUUAUUUUGAUUAAUUAUAGAGAG